AAAAACCCUCCGGGGAAUUCACCCAUCCUAUUCAUAUAUACUUAUUUUUAUUUUUCGGCUGUAACAAUUGCUUGCUGCGGAGCAAGAAGGAGAAAGAAAGAGAGAAGGGGAAAAAAAAAAACCAGGAACCGUUUCCCCCCCCCCCCCCUUCCCAUGCUGGGCGUCUCGGCCAUGUUGGGGGGCGACGGCGCUGCUGCUGCAGGGGCGGAAGGCCGUGAGAGCGGCGGCAACGGUGGCGGAGGUGGAGGAGGAGAAGCUGCUGGCGUUGCUGGGACUAGUUCGGGCGGGUUCAGUGAAGAGGACAAGCUGUUGAGGAUGGAGGAGAGCGAGCGGAAUUCGGGCGGAAACCGGUGGCCGAGGCAGGAAACGCUUGCUUUGCUGCAGAUACGGUCGGACAUGGACGUUGCGUUUCGUGAUUCCAGCCUCAAAGGUCCAUUAUGGGAUGAAGUCUCCAGGAAACUAGCCGAGCUGGGGUACCAGCGAAGCGCCAAGAAAUGCAAGGAGAAGUUCGAGAACGUCUACAAGUACCACCGGAGGACCAAAGAAGGCCGAUCCAGCAAAUCCGACGGCAAGACCUAUCGCUUCUUCGACCAAUUGGAAGCCCUCGAAAACCAAGCCCCUCCUUCGCUGCCGCCGCAGCCGCAGCCACCUCCGCCGCGGCCUCAAUCUCAACCCGUCACAUCCGCCACGCCGGUGGCAGUGGCAAUGCCAGCAACGGCCCAUCCUCCCGUCGUCACUCAUGUCUUCACUGUUCCAUCGAUGUCAAAUCUAAACCCCACAACAAUUGUCUCGCAAAGCCCUUUAAGUAUAAAUCCUCCGCCGUCCAGUAAUCCGUUGCCGUCGUUGCCGCCUCCCGUGAUAGCGAGCCCGAUAAGUUAUUCUUACCAAACGGCAAUUAAUCCGCCGUCUCACAUCAAAAUUCCGGUUGAUAUCGGCUCUAUUUCGACUUCGUCGUCGACGUCUUCGGACGAGGAGCCGGAGAGGCGGGGGAGGAGGAAGAGGAAGUGGGGGGAUUUUUUCCAGAGGCUAAUGACCGAGGUUGUUGAAAAGCAGGAGGAAAUGCAGAAGAAGUUUCUCGAGACGUUGGACAGACGCGAGCGCGAGCGCGUGGCGAGGGAAGAGGCGUGGAGGGCGCAGGAGAUGGCGAGGAUGAACCGGGAGCACGAGCUCUUGGUGCACGAGAGAUCCGUCGCCGCCGCCAAGGACGCCGCCGUGAUCCAGUUCUUGCAGAAGAUAUCCGACGGGCAGCAGCAAAUCCCAAAUGCGCCCCAAAUGCAGGAGAGUAAUCCAGCACCACCACCACCGCAACCGCAACAGCCGCCGCCACAACCAGCUCAACCUCAACCGCCAGCAGCGCCACGUCAGACAGUACUACAUCCACCAUUGCAACCGCAAUCACAACUAGUACUACAACCAACACCGCCGCCGCAGCCACAACAACUACAUGUGCAAACACCUGUGAAAGGUAUGGAAGUCGCGAAAACAGACAACGGAGGAGGUGGAGGUGGAGGAGGGGAGAGUUAUACCCCGACGAGUUCUUCGCGGUGGCCGAAGGCCGAGGUAGAGGCUCUGAUCAGGCUGAGGACCAAUAUGGACACGAAGUACCAGGAAAACGUGCCGAAGGGCCCACUGUGGGAGGAGAUAUCGGCGGCGAUGCGUCGGAUCGGGUACGACCGGAAUGCAAAGAGGUGCAAGGAGAAGUGGGAGAACAUAAACAAGUACUUCAAGAAGGUGAAGGAGAGCAACAAGAAGAGGCCCGAGGACUCCAAGACGUGCCCGUACUUCCAGCAACUGGACGAACUGUACAGGGAGAAAGCGAAGAACGAGAACAACAACAACAGUGCUGGUUUCAAUGCUGCUGGCAGCAAUGCGUUUGGCGCGAAGCCGGUCGAGAGUGUUCCGGGGGAGCCAAUUAUGGUUCAGCCGGAGCAGCAGUACCGGCCAAACGAGGACGAGGACAGUCAGAACAUUGAGGAGGAUGAGGGGGAAGAGGAGGAGGACGACGACGACGAGGCGGGUGGGUAUGAGGUUGUACCGAAUAGGGCAUCUAAUUCAGUGGGCACAACAGCUUGAGUGAGAGAAUGAUAGAGAGAGAAAGAUGAGAAAGAGAGAGAAUGAGCUAGCUGAGAUGUAUGGAAGUGGGAAGAAAGUGGUGGCCGGACGGAGGGGUAAGUGGGUCAGAUUCUGGUGGGGGCAAUGGUGGUGGUGGUGAACAGGAUUUGAGGUACAUCGGGAGAGAGCACAUGGGGGGUGUAAGACUAUAGUUGCUUUUUUUUUCUUUCUUCUUUUUUUUUUUUGUUGAAUGUUUUAUUUUGUUAUAAUUUAUUUAUUGUUUUGCAAAAUAAAUAAAAACUUAGGGAGAGAGAGGAAGGGGAAGAGGUUCAAAAGAACAAAAUAAACAGAUGUUGUUGUACUCUUUUUUUUUUUGUUAAUUGGGGUGUAAUUGUGCAAAUUUGAGUUAUGGUCAUUAGUGUUUGUUAAUUUCUUGGUUAGCACAGACUGGUUUUUGGCUUUAAAUUAAUGUUACAGAAUCAUUGAGAAAGUGAGUUUAUAUUGAUAUAUCCAAUCUAUUUUUAUUGA